CUGAAGGCAGGUGAGAGGUUUAGAGGCAAGUUUGCAGAGCGUCCGGCCGGCAGAAUGUAACAGGCAGACGCUCAGGAGGUGAAGCUUCCCCAUUGCUGUGGUGGAAAGGAAGAAACAUCCUCAGCUCAAUUUCUGCCUGUCCUGCUGCCGUGAAAGCUUCCCCUCUUGGAGCCUGAUUGUGUAUUUUUCGCUUUUCCUCCCCACACUCAAUAAGUGUCGGCUAUCAGUGGCGGCUGGAGGGAUGGAGUUCUGUUCAUAGACAGUCAAGCAAAAUGUCACGGCUCCAAGGUAAAGAAGAUCAAGAUGCCCAAGGAGUGGAGAAUGCUGAGAAGAGGGACUUAGACUGUGCAAAUGAUCCCGGCUGUCAACCCUGGAAGAAUGUGGAGGCCGAGGCCAGAGAGGAGACAGCUCCUUCCGCAUCCUCAGAAACGCCUUUGCCAGAACCACAGGAGUCCGACUACUUCCCGUCUGUUUCCCUUGCUGCCUUCUUGGCCCUUGUUUUCAUCCUUGUGUCUCUGUUCCUGCUUUCCCACGACAAGGGCCACGUGCCUUUGCACGACUGCUUGGCCUUGAGGCCCAACAAGGCAUGCCCACAUGAAAGCAGCCUGGAGUUCCUUUGUUGCCUCUUCCCAGACCAGCCAGAAUCAGCAUGGCAGACUCUCCAGCUGUAUGUGUAUGAGCAGCAUGUGGGGAGUCAUCCCGGCAGGGCUUGGAUCCUGGCUGCAGUGGAGCUGGGCGAUACCAGGGGAGCCCUGUUGUGCCUCGCAAAGGCAACUCUAUCACUGCUGACGGAUGGCCGUGCCACGAGAGCUCACUUUCCUGAGCAGAGGAGUGCCUGGCUUCCCUGGAUGGACUUCCUAGAGAAUGGGUCAUGCGGGAUUUCCACCGCUAAUAUCUACGUGGGACGCAGUCUCGUACCAUAUGGGGUGAUGGUUUCCCUGCAGAGCUCCUCGGAUGGGAAAUGGUUGGCCACCACGAUCAACCUUGCCCUAUUGCUGAAUGGUUCAGGAGAAGCUCGGGAAGAGCUGUGAUUUCCACGAUGGUCUCUAACAUUUUGAGUGCCAUCCGCUUUGCUGACAGGUUGCCAGAACAGUUGAUGAUCACUGAUGAGAGCCUACCUGUCCUCUUGAUAAGGUCUGAGCAGUAUUUGGAAGAUAGUUUUGCUUGCUAAAGAGAAAAAUAUGGCACGUUAAUGCUUUCAGAAGAGGAUGGGGCCCAGUCGUCUCUGGUGUGGUUGUAGAAUGCACGGGGGGGAAAUGACUGAGGGAUGAAAGGAGAAUGUCUGUGUCACCCAACAGUGAUGGAUUCAUAAGGGGAAAGAAAUGUGUUUUUGUUUUCACUCCUAAGAUGAGACAAUAGAUGUUGCGGAAAAUGGCUGAUGUACAUCUAGCUCUACCCUUUUCUUCCCACUGCAAGGCCUAGUUAGGGCAGCAGGUGAAGGGAUCAUGGUCCACCUUCAUGUCCUGGCCCCUUAUCUCUGGCUGGAGGGGCAGACCUACACACAACCAGAGGAUGUUUGUUUUGAUCUUGCCCAAUUAGUUCAGCAUGGUACCUUCCAUUCUCUACCCCAACUGUUGCAUCACACAUUUCCAUAAUUAGAUGCUGCCCUGAGCAGCAGGCGAGCUGGAUGUGUGGAUGGCUUGACUUGCAGCACAUGUACACAUACAAUAAUGUCAAGUUUAAGACUUGAUUGAUCCAGGAGCACAGCAGUGAAACUUGGCACCUCUGGGAUUGUAGGUGUAGAUUAAAGGAGGUACAAAAUGGGAUGUUUUUAGACAGAAGGCGUGAGUAAGUUACUGGCUGUGACACACACCUUCAUAGUAUUUUAGGUCUGCCCAUGUCAGUGUUUUCGCACCGACAUCCCCUUCCUGUAUGCCAUUACUACUAUUUGUGCGGUUGUAGUCAUAGCCACACCAGCCUGCAAGUCAAGAAGCAGACCUCCCCAUUAAUUAUUUUUUGCCAUACUUCUUAAUUGCCUUGCCAUGCAGAAAGGAAGCAAUGAUGAAUUUAAAAGGGAAAGAUAACACUAAAAUCUUCUUUUCAAAACAGGAGCACCAGAGCUAAAAUCUGAGAGUUCCUUAUAUACCUGGCACAGAGCAGAUGAGUUGGAAUUAACCUUCUGAAAUGGCCAGCAGAGAUGGGGCUUCACAUGCAUCUUGAGGAAGGGUGUUUUUAAAAAUUAUGUUGCCGCUGCAGAAAAUGUCUUUCUCUAUGUUCUUGCUUUUCUUGCGGGUGGGGCUUUAACAGAGCCUCCACUGGUGACCUUAAUUGUGGAGCGGGCACUUCAAAAGAGGGGGUGGGGUUCUCUUAUUGUUUGAAGAGCCAGGUGCUACUUAUGAGUAUGCUUAGCUCAUGGAAAUAACUUAGAAAUAACUUAGUCCACCAUCCCAACAACGUAAAUAUAAAGCAGGUGUUUGCCAAUUCUGGCAAAGCAUUUGCCACAGACUUAAUGUCUUGAAAGCCAUCUUGUUAAUACCUGUUCCCUGAAAAUUAUGAAACUGUUUGUCCACUGAGAGCUAAACUACACAAGACAAUUUGCACGAGGAUGCCUGAGUGAAGGGCGACAUGAUGUUAGCCGGGAAGCGUAGUUUGAAUUUCAUCUCUCUCUACAUAGCUGGCAAAGAUUGCUCCUCAGAGGGUUUGUUAAUAAUUGACAGAGCCUUUGGUGAGGCAAAGAGGAAAUUAACAAACCCUCUGAGAAGCGAUCUUUGCCAGCUCU